UAUCAACUAUUCAACAUGGAGGCAGUGGUCACUAAACUGGAAGUGAUGUUCCAGAAAGCAGAAUCUGAUUUGGAUUACAUUCAGCACAAGCUGGAAUUUGAAGUCAAGAAAAGUCUUCCUGAUGACUCUUCAGAAGAGGAAAAUUCACUUACACUAUUAAAGGAAUUGUCAAUGAUGAAGUCUCCAUAUAAGACUUUGGGUGCCCAACUGGAACAAGUUGCUGUUGAACAGAAAGAGUCUGAGAACUGUGUUCAUGCUACUUUGAAUAAUACCAUGAAAAUGGUACAACAACUACAGCAGCAAGCAGAUAUGGAGUUGUCACCUAUGACUAAGGAAGAGCAGACUGUAUUACAGCAACUACAAUCCCAUUCAACAAGCCAGACUUCGGAAGACACUGACUUGCAUAGGACAACUCUAAUGUAG